AUGACAAUUACCACCAUGAAACGCCAAAGGCAGCAAUGUCCAGCUUCAGCGUCAAUGUCUGUCAUAUUUCAAAUAUCCAUUCUGUCGGCAAUCGUCGUAUCUUCAGCGGUCGAUGCCUUUGGUUCCAUAGGAAUGCCGCAAGCUGGAAGAUCUGUUCCUCGAACCCUCCAGCAGCCGCCAUUGCACGCAUCCGAAUUGAAGCAAUCAUCCUUGACGCAAUUCAAUGACGAUGAUGAUGAUGCCUCCUCAUUAACAUCAUCAUUGCAAGAACAGAAUAAUGUUCUUCGUCGCCAUGUCGAACUUGGUGACGAAUCGUCCUUAGUUGGCUUGAACGACGAAGACAUGAUGCAAGCCAUGUCGGAACAAAUGAGUGAUUUAUUGACGACUCUAGACGAUGGUAGUACUACUACUAAUUAUAACAAGGCUGAAUCAUCUGAAUAUGAUGAUGAUGAUGAGGAACGUAGUACCAGCAUUCCUGAGACUCUGAACGAAACGCUGCUGUACGACGUUGAUGUUUAUGAAGAAGAAGAGCAAGAAGAUUAUGAGGAAGAUCCAAUUCUAAAGGAACUGGAAGAGACACUUCUGGCGACCAUUCAGGUGUUGGAAGAUACCCUUCACGAAACUCAAGUUGUCAAUGAAUUGGAGACUCGAGAGUUUAAGGAAGAACAAGUCCGCCUCGAACAAGAGUUGCAACGCCUUGAACAAUUCAAUGAACAAAUCAUGGCACAAUUCCAAGUGGAACAAACAUUGGCGGCAACCUCCUCGAAAGCCCCACAGCAACUUUCUUCCCUUGGUUCCUUGGAAAGUUUGCUGCAAAAUCCUUCUUCCGUUCCAAAAGAAGGAUUGGUCCUGACGCAAAGGGAUCUUACCCAACUGCUGGAGUUGCAACAAGAACGACACGAUCAAGAGAAAAAAGAAUUGGAACAGCAAUUGAGGCAUGAAGAAAAGCAACGGCUGGAGCUGGAACAAGUCAAUCUGCGAUUGGAAGCGGAAGCAUCCGCCGCCGCCAAGGCCAUGAUGGCGAAUGUCGAAGACAAGGAUACCACCACCAAGCAACAACAACAACAGCAACAAGAUACAGAGGGUGCACUUCUGCAAACGAAACUAAACGAACAGCAAGAGGCUCUCGAGUUGGCCAAUCAAAAUUUGGAACAAGUUGAAUCGGAAUUGACCAGAUCCAAACAAGCUUUGGAAAAACAUACAGCCAGUGCCAAAUCCGAAUUAGCAGCUUUUAAAACCAAGGAGCAACAACUUGUAGCGAAAAUUGAUAAGCUGGAAUCGGAAAUGACCAAAUUGGCCGUUAAUGAUGCCAAGGCUCGUGAAACCAUUUCCAAUUUGGAGGUUGCCAAACAAGAGCUCGAAGGAACACUUGAAAAGGCCAGGCAUGAAACGGAGGCUUCCAAAGAGGCUUCCACAAGCUCUCAAAAGGAACUUACACGGGUCAAGCAAUCUCUAGCCGAGCGCAUGGUCAAAAUUGGUCGAAUGGAAACCAAACUGGCAAGAGCCCAAAUAAUUGCUCAAUCCUCAUCAUCAUCAUCGUCAUUGCAACCAAAGAAAACAACGACUGCUCCAACCAAGAAGCAAACGGAACAGCCUCCCAAAGAGAGCUCACCAGUUGUCACAGCACUCAAAACUCCCCGUCUUGAGAAUUGGGAAUUGACAAAAGAUGGUGAAGUAAUCGGAUCUGUAUUCAAUCACCCAUCCUUACCAGAUGGUGAACCUGUUCGAACGAGUGCGUUGGUGAAUCCAAUGGGUGCCCGUGAUGGCAUCACGGUUAACACCAAAUCCGGAUCUCGGUACAAGUUGGGCACCAAGAAGACGAACAAGACAAUCGCUCCAAAGCAACCAGCUGCCGCCGCAUCCACCAAACCUGCACCAUCAGUAGGGGUGAAAGAGCAAGUUCCAUCAUCUCCACCUACUCCGGCCGCAACGAAAGAAACGAAAGCAAAAAAGUCGUCACCAUCUAUCGAUCUGUUUGCUAAUUUGCAAAACAAGCCAGCAAAGAAGGAGACGUCACUCAAGAAAGACGAAGAACCCAAGCCAAUCAAAGCAGAAACACCCAAGUCGAAAAAGACAGUAACUCCAACCAUUAGCAGUAUCUUUGGCUCUGCCAGUAGCAAGGCCAAGAAGAAAAGUAAAGAGGACACAGCAGCCAAAACCAAACCACCAAAAACACCGGAUGCCGCCAAGUCGCCACCAUCGACCUCUAUUCCACUGCCUCGAAUCAACUUUUUUGGCAAUGCUCACACCGAAAAGACACAAGAGGGAAAAACCAAGGAGUUCAAUAAUACCAACAACAACAACAAGGAGCCAGAGGAUCAAGGUACUGGUAGCAAACGCCAGCCGUAUACACCAUUCAACAUUUUUGGGUCCAAGUCAACUGGAAGUCCCAAAGACAAAUUAUUGACACACGGAAACAGCAUUCCAGCCGAAAAGCAAACGCCAGAACCAACGAAAGCUACCGCACGCACGUCUACCUCUGCAUAUGGAAAACGAAAGGCCCAAAAGUCAAAGGCCAUAUCCCAACAACAACAACAACAACAACAACAACAACAACACCACAAGGACGAAUUGACCUUGACGGGCAGGACCAUUUGCGACGGAAAGUAUUUGUUGGCCGGGAAAGCCAAAAAGAGCGUCACGGGUCGUUGUCUCAUUUUGGGUGCCUACCAUGCGGAUACCAAUGAUAAGCCUACUGGCAAUCCCAUUGUUAUCAAGCUGUCUGAGAAUACAGAUGCCAUGAAGAAGGAACAUUCUAUUUACAAGCGUGUUGCUUCGGGUGUUAGCAAGGGAGUUGUGGUCAAGUGUCACGACUUUGUGUCGGACGUCCAAGAUCGGCCUGGCAAGUCUGCCUUGGUAUUGGAGCGUGGUGUCCGGGAUCUCAAGGAACACCGACGAUGGAUAGGAAUGGAAGGGAACGAUUUAAAGGAAGCGCUGUAUUCAGUUGGUCAAUGUCUGGAUACCAUGCACGGGGCACGCAUGGUCUGGACCGAUUGCAAGACGGAAAAUUUUGUCGUCGUGGAAAGUGACAGUAAAGAAGAAGAUGGUGGACACAAGGUCAAGGCGAUUGACUUGGAAUCUGCCAUGAAUUGGAAGGAACAUCCACGAGAUUUCACUCCGGAAGCUAGUCCACCUGAAUUCGCCAAGGAGUACGUCUCUGGAGAUCCUCAUAGCUUUGUGUUGGACUACAGUUAUGAUGUAUGGAGCUUUGGAAUGCUAGCCUACGAGCUUGCCACUGGAAUCGGAUACUACGACGGCAAUAGUCCCGAUGCCAUUAUGCAAAAACUGUCUCAUAAGAAUGUCCCCAACCCGUCCAUUGGCAUUGAGGACGACGACUUGGCUGAUUUGGUGUCACUCUGCCUUGCCCUGGAUCCCAAACAACGCCCCAGUGCCCAAAAGAUUGUUCGACACCCAUACUUUGCCUCCAUUUCCAAACCUACACUGUUCAAUCUUUGGUAA